AUGCCUUCUUUGAUCUUUGUCCACGGAGCUUGGCACACCCCCGAGUGCUGGUCCAAGGUGAUCCCAGCCUUCAAGCAGCAAGGAUACCGCUGCUUCGCCCCGCAGUUGGAUUUCUGUGGCACAUCCGAGCCCGUCGAUUCUCUCGCCAGCACCAUCCAGCAGAUCCAGACCCUGAUUGCCGAAGAGACCACGCUGGGGAACGAUGUUGUGUUGGUCAACCAUUCAUUCGGAGGCUCAGUGGGCUGCUCCUCUGUCAGAGGGUUCACUCAGAAGGAUCCAACAAGAUUGACCCCGAACUCAGGCAAAGUCAUCGGAAUCGUCCAGCUGUGUGCAUUUAUGCCGCAGGCAGAUCUUUCUCUGUAUGACAUGAUCGAUAUUUCGGAGGCAUUCCACCAUACUGGGCCAGAUGGUUGGGAAGUCAUUGAUCAGGAGCCCGAGGCGCUGUUCUACAAUGAUCUGUCCCCCGAGGAUGUCAGUUACUGGAAGAGUCGUCUGCAGAAGCACUCAUCCGCCACGUUCAAAGAUUCGGUGAAUAUGUAUCCUGGAUGGGCUGACGUGCCAGUCUGGUACAUUUUUUGUCAGAAGGAUGGUGCGAUUCCGGUCCAGAUCCAACAGGCAAUGGUCCAGGGUGCAAAGAAAGCAGGCGCCAAUAUCACCACGAUGUCGUUGGAUACCAGCCAUAGCCCGUUUUUGAGCAAGCCAGAGGAUACGAUUAGUGUGAUCACGGAGUCUUUGAAGACCUUGCAAAGCCAGUGA